AUGACUUGGCCCGACGUUCCCACUAAGCCCGCGGAGGGUAUCUCUUACUACACGCCGGCCCAGAGCCCGCCGGCGGGCACUGCGCGCAAUCCCCAGACCAGCGGCAAACCUAUUCCGAAGCUGUUCCAGCCCCUGACCAUCCGCGGUCAGAAUUUUCAAAACCGCCUCGGUGUUGCGCCCAUGUGCCAAUACAGUGCGGAGGAUGGCCACAUGACCGCGUGGCAUAUGGCUCACUACGGUGGCAUCGCGCAGCGUGGCCCCGGAAUGAUCAUUAUCGAAGCCACCGGCGUCCUUCCCGAGGGCCGCAUUACACCUGGUUGCGUAGGCUUGUGGAAGGAUUCCCAGAUUGCUCCACUGAAGCAGGUUGUGGAAUUCGCUCAUAGCCAGGGCCAGAAGAUCGGUAUCCAGCUGGCCCACGCCGGUCGUAAGGCCUCCACGGUUCCCCCGUGGUUGGGAGGUGUCACCGCUACGAAUGCCGUUGGUGGCUGGACUGAGAAUGUCAAGAGCCCUAGCGCAAUUCCCUUUGCCGACGGUGAUAUCGUUCCCAAGGCUAUGACCAAGGAGGACAUUCAGGAGGUCAAGGAUGCCUGGGUUGCGGCGACUCGCCGUGCUGUCGCCGCUGGCGUCGACUUCAUUGAGAUCCAUAGCGCGCACGGCUACCUCUUGUCCUCUUUCCUGAGCACCUCGUCGAACACACGCACGGACGAGUACGGUGGUAGCUUCGAGAACCGCAUUCGCCUGCCUCUCGAGAUCGCUCAAUUGACCCGUGAUACGGUUGGUGCGGACAUGCCCGUCUUCCUACGUGUCUCUGCCACCGACUGGUUGGAGAAAAGCCUGCCCGAGGAGAAGGGAUGGAAGCCGGAGGACACCGUCGAAUUUGCCAAGGCUCUUGCAGCUCAGGGCGCUAUCGAUCUGAUCGAUAUCAGCAGUGGUGGUGUGCACGCUGCUCAGAAGGUGGAAUCUGCGGUUGCCUUCCAGGUUCCCUUUGCGGCUGCCGUAAAGAAGGCUGUUGGCGACAAGCUGCUUGUGGCUGCGGUGGGUACUAUCAACAACGGCCAGCUUGCCGAGAAGAUUCUGAAUGAGGAGGGAAUCGAUCUCAUACUGGUUGGUCGUGCCUUCCAGCGUGACACUGGUCUGGCCUGGGCUUUCGCUAAGGACCUGGACACGGAGAUCGCCAUGGCUGCGCAGAUUCGCUGGGGAUUCACCAGCUUCCGCAAUGCGUCGGAGUACAUUCAGCCCAACUCCAUGAAGGCCUCUAUCUUUGAUUAG